UUCCGAACACAGGACGUUGAAGCAGGCAAAGAAUUUCAAGUAUUUUCCCGACAGAAAGCGCACGGAUAUGUCGACAGCAGAAGUACAAAGAACAAAGAGCACAUCAGGUGAAGAGAAAUCUGAUCAGGGAAAGACACAUGAUCAUGAUCAGAAAUCACAUGAUCAGCAAUCACAUGAUCAUGAUCAGAAAUCACAUGAUCAGAAAAAAGAUCUCCCAUCUAAUCCUGAAGAAUAUGUGGACAGUAACAAGGUUGAGCCCCCAAAGCCUCCAAGUGUGGGAUCUAGCACACGGACUCUGACCUUGAAUGGCCAUGUUGGAUUUGACAGUUUGCCAGACCAAUUGGUCAACAAGUCUGUUAGUCAAGGAUUCUGCUUCAACAUCCUUUGUCUCGGAGAGACUGGUAUAGGUAAAUCCACCAUGAUGGACACACUGUUCAAUACUCAUUUUGACUCAACACAGAGCAGACAUGACCUUCCAGGAGUCAAACUAAAAGCUAGUACAUAUGAGCUACAGGAGAGCAGUGUGAGGCUAAAGCUCACUGUGGUGGACAGUGUUGGUUUCGGGGACCAGAUUAACAAGGAAGACAGCUGGAAGCCUAUAGUCGACUAUAUUGACAACCAGUUUGAGGCCUUCCUCCAGGAGGAACUGAAGAUCAAGCGUUCACUUCACACCUACCAUGACACCAGGAUCCAUGCUUGUCUGUACUUCGUAGCGCCUACUGGACACUCAUUGAAAGCUCUUGACCUUGUCACCAUGAAGAAGUUGGACAGCAAGGUCAACAUCAUCCCAGUCAUUGCCAAGGCCGAUACUAUCACCAAGGCAGAGCUUCAGAAGUUCAAGGCCAAGAUUAUGUCAGAGCUGAUGACAAAUGGUGUCCAGAUAUACCAGUUCCCUACUGAUGAUGAGACGGUGGCAGAAACCAACAAGACCAUGAAUGGCCACCUUCCAUUUGCUGUAGUAGGCAGCAGUGAUGAGGUCAAGAUGGGAAACAAGAUGGUGAAGGCAAGACAGUAUCCAUGGGGCACAGUACAAGUUGAGAAUGAGAACCACUGUGACUUUGUCAAGCUGCGUGAAAUGUUGAUCCGAACAAACAUGGAGGAUAUGCGAGAGACCACUCACAAAAGACACUUUGAACUGUACCGUAGAAACAAGCUUCAGGAGAUGGGUUUCUCUGACACAGACUCCAAAAGUUUAUCAGAGACAUACGAGCUGAAGAGACACCAGCACGAGUCUGAUCUACAAAAGAAAGAGGAGGAAAUGAAACAGACCUUUGUGAUCCGGGUCAAGGAGAAGGAAAGUGAACUGAAGGAAGCUGAGAAAGAUCUGCAUCAGAGAUUUGAUACUUUGAAGAAACAACACACAGAAGAAAAGAAAAAGAUUGAAGAUAGUAAGAAAAAGCUAGAUGAUGAGUUUAACCAAUACCAACAACGCAAACUUCAGUUCCAGCAGCAACAAUCCACACUAGGAAAGAAGAAGAAGUAAAGAUGCCCUCAUUGUCACAAAGAAUCAAAGGAUGGAACAAAGAUUUGUGGAAAAAUGACUGAUUUUGGCAUAAAAGAGGCUGUCAGAAGAUUUAACCUCAAACAAAACAUACCAUGUUAAUAUUUCUGUUACAUACCUGGGGAUAAAGCAUUUUUACAUGGUUUAUCAUUUAGGUCAGAAGUUGAACUAUGUUGUUUACAGAACCUAAAAAUCUGCCUUUUAAAGAAUAUUUAGGAAAUAUGGUUUCAAAUGUCCUGAUUUUAAUCGCAAAGGAACAUAACUCUUGUAAAACAGUGAUUUCACAGGUAUAUAAGAUGUACAUGAACAAGUAUUGUAACAUACCUAAUGUCAUGUAAAAUUUCACAGAAAUCAGAAAUGAAUUUUAUGUACAGGUUUAUCAAAAGAUGAUGGUCAUUUCACUGUCUCCUUUUAUAUCAAAACCUGAUUUGACCAAAAGACAAUCACUGGAGUUUCUCUAACGAUGGGUCCAAUUAGAGGAGUUAAGUCUGCUUUUGUAAGGUGCUACAAUUAAGCCCAUUAUAUUGCAGGUUACAAUGUAUCCUACCAAUGUAUUAUACACUUAUACUCUGUAUUUCCUGGCAUUGUGCUGUUCAGGAGUUUAUACCUCUAUGUUUAAACUGUAUAAGAAGGUGAUGAAAACAAAUUUAAAUUCAAAGAAAGAAUGACCAGAAAGAUGGUCAAAAGGGAUAAUAUUUUGUACUACCAUAAUGGAAAGUAGUUAAUUCAAAUGAGAGCAAAAAUUAUCAAAGUCUUUUCAGUUGUUUUCACUUUGACAACUCCUGGGCAUUCAAAACUGGUUCACUGCCAAAACCACAUUAUCACUGUAAGUUUUUGUGAAAGUUUUUCAAGAAUCUAUGCAUUUAGAUGAAAUCCUAUGAUUCCAUUGUAUGUUUUACUACAAUUUUUUGUAAAAAAAUGUUGUGUGCAUUAUAUUUACACCUCCAGUGCUUGACCUUUACAAUUAAGGUUGAUUUAAGGCAGAGAAAGUAAAUUUUUGAUGUAGAAAUGUCAAAUUAUUUUUCAGAACAAUAUCCUUAGAAAUUGCUACAAAAUAUUCUCCUCGUCCUUCUAUAUUUUUCAUUUUCAAUGAGACUCUUGGUUAUACAUAAAUUUGAGAGAUCCUGGGACUGAUAGUCAGAUAUAACAAUUAAUCAGAGGUAACAGUUUGUCCUGUUUUCAUAGCUGUUAUAGUGAAGAUUAAUGUCAAAGUAUUUUCUCUAGAUUUUCUCUAGAAAUUUAUCAUAUACAGAUAUAUAUGAUGUUGUGAUGGAAAUACGAGUGUUAAAAAAUGAAGUUUUUGCAAUAUGCCACAUGAAAUAGGAAAUAAUAAAAAAAACAAGAGCAUUUUUGGGGAAACUUUUCAGAUUCGAUCUUGGAAGUCCCAGGUUGUGUCUUUCAUAAUAAAAUUAAUAAUUCUUUUAUCGUUUUUUCGCAUUAUCAUGUAUCUUUUAGCUACAAUGUAUUAAUUUUAACCUUUCUGUUAACAUCUUUUAUUUAAUCUUGCCUACAGUGAUUAAGUAUUACACUUUAGACUAAUUAUCAUUUAUAACAUAUGUAGAGGUGCAUGUUACUGUUGUUCUGUAUUGUGACUUUUGCGUUUUGUGUGGUGGUUUCAAAAUACAGAAUUCAUCUAAAUGUCUGAAUGACUGUCAGCAGUGUAACCCAUCUUGACGGGUUUUACACUGAAAAAUACUUCGUGUUUGACAAUAUUUUGAAGGUUGUUGGGUAAAUUACUGGACAGCUUGCUUGGUCGUAAUCGUUUAAUGAUUUGACACAACAUCUUCAGCAGUGUGAUUUAUAGGAAGUCUGACAUACAUGUGCAAUUACCUGUUUUCAAACUUGACCUUUGUUAUUUCAUGUUCUGAAAGAUCCUGUUUCUGUAACUAGAUCUAGAAUGAAAGUUUUCCUGUUAUUUGUGUGUAUGUAAAAAAAAAAAAAUCCAAGUGUGGAAAAAAAUACUGAGACCAAAAAUAUUGAUCCUCUCUGCUUUUCAGAGUAUUUAGGAACAGUUAUGAAAUGUUUACUAAUAUCCACUAGCUCUUUCCUUUCUUUUUUCUUUUUGUGUUUUUAUUUUACUUUAUCCUGUUACUGAAUAUAAUUAUGAAAUAGAUUUGUACAACUGGUCCUUCAAAGGGAAGUUACUCUCAUCAUCUUUAGAAUGGAAAUGUGAAAGUGUGAGUGAGAAUUUUUUUUUCUACUUUUAUAUGUUCAAUAUUAUCAUUACGCAUAAUUAACAUUUUGUUUUUGUAAUCCAAUUUUAUUCAGGCCCUGCAUGCUGCUGAACAUUGUAGAUUGUAACAGUAUAUAAAUUAUGUAUCUAGUCAAUUGGCUGACCAUCAAAAAUAAACAUGAAAUUAA